AUGUCUUCCUCCGCGGACAUGGAUGGCGACAGCCCCUCGUCUGUUGCAGUCAUGCUUGACUACAGAUUCUAUCCUCAUCUCGUCGAUCUGGUGUUCGAUCACAGCGUCGCCUUGGCAUCUGAAGGCGACCGCUCCCUCCUCCUGUCCUGGCGUGCGGUUGGUCGCCACUGGAGCGAGCGUGCCGACUCAGCUCUUUUCAAGCAUUUAGCGAUCUCGUCGUGUGGAUCUGGAUUUCAGAACUUCCGACCCGUUAUCUUUGCCCCCCACCCGACCGACGCGUACAAGGUGCUAUCGCUGCCAAUGAUGCACAGUGCGCUUCUCCCCGCAAGCCCAUGGGACAAGGAGUGGCAGGCCAACCGAGAGCGCCUGCGCAGCCGGCUGCGCUACGCGCGGGUUGUGGACUACCUUUCGCCCACUGAAUUCUCGCAAAGAACUCUGCCUUUCACGGAGGCACUGGACGCCGACUUGCUGAUUGACCUCACCGGCGUGCGGGUCGUACGCCGUCCAUGGCCGUCAUGGUUCGUCGUCAACGCCGACGUCACAGUCGACGUACUGGAGCUCUCGAGCAAACUCGGCGGUAACGCGCCGUACGGCACUGUACCAACGAGUGCAGUGAUCUUUAAAGUUGAAGAGGAAGAAGACGGCGAGGACGAGGAGUACGAGCGGGGAGACGAGGAGACGACCCAGCCCCGCUUGGCAUACUUCAUGGAAUCGUUGUGGUGGACGCACAAACCGUUGGUAUUUGUGGGGCUCGAGGCUGCCGAUCCUCGCGCUUUCGGACUUGAGCCAGGGACCAACGUUGUCGCCGCAGUGCAGGAGAACCUGUCCGCUCUAGCGAAUCUGCAUCCCGCCGAUCGCCUCACUCAAGCCACCUUCAUUAGCAAGGACGAGUACCGCCAACAGGUGGGCGAGGAGACGUACGAGCUAUACACCUCCAUUGAGCGCAAGACGGACACGGCCCGCCCGGAUCCGCCGUUUCAGAGGGAGCCAGAGGAUACUGUGUGCAGACUUGUAACCCAAUCUCUCUGGAAACCCGGCGCGAGCAAGGAGGACCGAGCCGCGGUACUCGCUAUGCGUGCCGUUUCGAAAAGAUGGAGCUGGGAUGUUGACUCCGUCCUCUUCCGCCAUGUCGUAAUGGGCACUCGGGAUGAAAGCAACAUGCCAAGCGAGGAAGAGAGAAUGGAGUACGCGUAUCGCCUUAAUGCCCUUAUGGGCUCCGAUGACGAGAGCGAGCGCUAUGAGUCGGAACCGGAGGUUGAGGAAGGAGCAGAGCCUGGAGGCGAGGAUGGCGACAUGUCCGAUGGGAUUGGACAAAGCGAUGUUAUCGAAGUCGAAGGUACCCAAGUUGUUGCCAACGACGAGGGCACGCAGGAGGACCACAGCGGCAGCGAGGGCGGGAGUGCCUCGGGCGAACCCAUGGAGGUUGAGGGCGGGGAUGAUACGUCACCGCCACCCGGGCGGCCUAACCAGCACGAGGAGGAAUCCGACUGGGAGAUCGAAGAGCUCGCACGCCUGUUCCCCAUGGAGAAGAAAGCGGCCAGACUUUCUCUGGUAUCGCCCGGAGGGCGCCUACCACUUCUGUUUGAGUUCUGGUCGGUGCAACCUACCGCCGCUGGCGUGCGCGCGCAUGCCAAGUCGAUGGUACUGCUUGUUCACACGCGUUUCAUGGACCUGGCCGUGAAGGAGGAGGACGUACAGUGGGAUCUGGUGGAGCGGCUCAUCCACCCCUUCACCGCGCCCCUCGUCAGGGUAGUUCGGCAUACUUCAGACAGCUGCGACGUAACUCCUCGUACCGCAGCCGGGCUGUACGUGCACGUGUGUGAUGGGACACUCGCGGCCCCAAUUCGUGCUCAAAGCGCUCCGAUGUGCCAAAGCAUGGUGCAAAGCGUACCAGAGGUGUGGAUCGGGGCCGGCAGCCUUCCGAGCAUCACGUUAAAUGUUCUCUACGAUUCUUCCUGGCCGGAGGUGCUGCGCCAAACAACAUACAGUGGAGAGCACUGGGGGCACUGCUCGACCAAUUCGAUCAACCUGAUGUUCACCCCUGUGGGGACACCGCGCGCUGCUCUGCUUUCAUCGACGAAGCCCUCGGAGCCAGAGAGCCUGACUGGAGCCGAGAAUCCCCGCGCCAUGGGCUUCUUCGGCGAGUUCUGGUCCACCUUCAUCGGAGAUCGAACCCCGGUCUCCAUCAGCAUCAUAGGUCUACAAGAUGUCCCACUUGCCGCCCUGGGACUGCGGCCGGAUGUUACCUUUGAGCAGAUCAAGGAGAUGGUGUGUUGGAAUCUUAUCGGCGCCAUCACCAUGUGCGACGGCUUCGACCCCGAGCUCCUCCCGGAAGCUAUCGAUGGAAUGAUGGAUCGAACGCUGGGAGCGAUCAAGUUCUACUCGCUGGACGAGUACCGCCGGCAUUUUGGGAAGGAUGGGUGGGAGGAGAUUGAGCUUGAGCGAAGCGCACGGCCUCCAUACUGGCCGACGAAGGCUUAG